CACUAUUUUUGCUUUUCUGCUUCAAUGUUUCGUAUAUAACCUCUGCGAACUUACUGGAAAUAACCCUAACCGAAUCCCUGUUUAAUUUUGCGAAGGAAUAAUCGGUAAUUUCAGUAUUAUUUUUUAAAAUUAACUCAAAAAUACGGCUCUCCGUCAUUUUGAGGUUAGGGUUGCGAUGUCGGUAAGUCAGAUUACAGUUUACGUUGGUACGGCGAUAAUUUUGUAGGGGUCGCUACUGCGGUGGCAUUUCUUUUUUAGUUUUUUGGGUUUUUAAACGAUAUUUAUUGAUUGUAUUUAUUAUUUUUUGUAUAUUUAGUUUGUUUUUAUUGAUGCGGCUGUGUUUGUGGGUUUAUUGAGGGUUUAUUUUUGGAUUUUUGAAGCACACUGUCACUCCGCCAUUUUGAAUACCGACGGGACCAGGGCUAGUUGAUUCUUAUUUUUAGGGGUUCAUUUGGUGCUAACCAAUAAAAAUGUCUCAACUAUUAAAAUUAGAAGAGGAGGAAGUUCAUUAUGUCUUCGAUAAUUCAGAGUUGGUUCUGGAUUCUUCUGAAAUAAAUGAAGAUAUAAUCUAUUCUGACGGGACGCAGGCUAUAUUGGUGAACGGUCACAUUAUACAGGGUGAUUCGCAAACAAUUGUUUUGCAAGAAGGUGACGAUUUGGCUCAGUAUUACGUUGAUGAAAAUAAUGAGCAAAUUCUUAUAACCGAGGAAAAUGAGGAUGCUAUGGAGGAAAACAGUGUGGUUCAGUAUAUUGAACAGGACGAUUGCAAUGGAGAACAACAGGUGGUUUAUAUCUCGAACAGUGAUCAGUUGAUUUUGAAUGAUGUGAUAGAAACUGAUAAUUUGGAAAAUGAUGAGUAUGAGGUAAAUCAAUUGGAAUUAAAUGGUGAAGUGGUGGAUUUUGAUGACAUAAUGCAACAAGAAAAUCAAGGUGGAAGCACCAUAGUGGAUGAAAAUGGUUUUUUACUAAAUGGUUAUCACUACGCGGUACUAAAAGACGGCAAAUUGCACCUAAAAACUUACACUCCCGAAGAACAACAAGAAGUGGAUCCACUGCUAAACACGAUGGACGUAAACGAGACAGACCUCUCGAAAAUAACCGGCAAAAAUCUUUUAACCGGCCAAACAGUCACCUUGCACAAGUACCUGGACAAAAUCCACCGUAAAAACACCGAAAUCAAAUCGUGGAGUCGCAAGAAAACAGACCUCAACAACCUCCUCAACAAAAAACUGCCUCUCUGCAAGACCUCAGAUGGUAAGAGGCUAAUCGGUAAGGUAAUCCACGUGGAGAAGCGUUUGGUUGAUAUAGAGGCUAGCGAGGGUAACACCGGCGAGAUGCAAACAAACGUCUGCGAGACGGAAACAGAACAAGUGCAACUUCCGCCCCAAACGGUGGUAGAGGAGAGGAAAGUAUCGACCAAAAAGGUCUGCAAAGUAGACCCGGAGGACCAAGAGCACAUUUCCCGCACCCUUGCCGGUAUAAUGACCAUGGAAACUGUCAAAAAAAAGCUCCUGGAUAAAACCAUAGUGAUAAGGUUGUUGGAAAAGAAGCACAUCAAGGAAAAUAAAAGCAGGAAGAGAGUUUCUUACAGCGUAGGACAUAUGGAGCAGCAGCAGAAUGAGAUGGAAAAUGAAGAAAAAUGGGUUUAUGUACAGCAUGCAGAUGAAAAUGAAGUCAUUUUGUACGAACAUUCGGUCAACAUAUCGAUUCAAAUGACGAUAGAAUUGAACGGGGAGAGAAAAGUCAAGGUCAUUUUGAACGACGAAAAUUUUCAAACUCCCGGUCAGGAAAAGCACUCUUGCCAAGAGUGCGGUAAACAUUUUUCCAACCCCCAAUCCCUCAAGAGGCACAUGCAAAACAACAAGCUCAAAUGCGAGACUUGCUUUCAACGUUUCGGCCACGAGCUGGCAUUCAAGAAGCACAUGGCAACUCACGUGAAGUCGUUUCAAUGCGAAGUGUGCAUGAAAAAGUUCGUCGGCUUCGCCGAAUACAAUCAGCACAAAAAGGUGCACAGUAACGAUUCGUGCUUUGAGUGCUUCACCUGUGGAAAAUCCUUUUCCAGAUACUCAAAUUUGAUGAGGCACGUCGAGAUCCACAGAGGCGGAGAGGCCCUAUACACAUGUGAUAUAUGUGGUUCAUCAUACAACUAUAUUUCUUCUUUGACAAGACAUAUAGUACAAAACCACAUAUGAAGAGAUACCCCCACAAUGCAGAUCUGUGUUAAAAGGGGUUAUUUUAGAUUUUUUUUUAAAGUGAUUUCUGAUUGUAUAAUACUUUUAAAAGCUGAACUUUAUUUUUGUAAUUUUUCUGCAUUUAUAUUUUGAAUUUAAUUCGUGUCUUUAUAGUAUUUUUUACAAAUUACAUAAAAUUUGUUUGUAAAUAAUUUAUUUAUUAUAAAUAAUAAAGCAUCA